AUGGAUAAGAUUGAUAAUAAUAGUGUAUCAAGCAUUAAUGAAAAAGAAUUAGAAAAUAAUUUGAAAGACUUAUUAGAGCGAGUUUUAUUAAAAAUUGAGAAUUUUAUUGAAACAAGAGAGGAAUUAAAUUAAGUAGAAGCUGAAUUAAAAGAUUAUGAAAGUUUGUCUCAUUUGAUUGGUAUAAUUAAGGCAGUUUUUACAAACCUUAUGAUGAAAGUAGAAAAGAAAAUAUAGUACUUAAUUAAUCAAAAUAUUAACUUAGCAAAUUAGAAAAACAAAUUGAUCCCAACCAUUCUGUAACCAAAAGUUUAAGGUCUGAUGAAGAAUAUGAAAAAUUAGAGUAAAUUUUAAUUAAAUAUGAAGGUGAAAUAAGAAAUCAUAUAAAAGUAAUUUAUUAACAUUAUUUAGAUUGAAUAAUAACUAAAAUUAUAUGCUGAGUCUCUUUAAAAUAAAUUAGAUGAAAGUGAAUCAAGUAGAGCUGAACUUCUUGAAACUACUAAAAAGUUGAUUAGUGUAUUGAUACAUCAAAAUAAUAGAAUUUAAAAAGAGAAAAUUAAACAUAUCAUGAAAGUUAAUGCAAAUUCAACAUAGAAAUUGCUACCUUAAAAUAAAUUAUUAAUAAUUUAGAAAAAGAAAAUAGAAGAAAAUCUUAAGAUUUAAGUUAAAGAGAUAACUUAAAAGCAUAUUCAAAGAAAAAUUAAUAACCAAUUAUUCAAUAAUUAUAAUUUUUAAGUAGAUUAUUUCUAUUAUUUUUUUUAGAUUAAAGAAAUUAAAAAUCUUAUUCUGAACAUAAAUUAAAUACUUAAAUUAAUAAAACUUCCUAUACAUUAGAAAACAAUGAAAUACCAAUCAAAUCCUAACCAACACUUAAAUAAAAUUAUUAUAAUAUAAUAAAUUAUGGACACUAAGCCAAUAAAAUAGAUGUUUUAAAAGUUAUAUAGCAAAAAGAUUUAAGCAAAAUUUAUGGUUAAAAAUUGAAAAGCAAAAAUAAUUCACUUUCUACUAUUCAAGAUCUAAUCUAAAGUGUAUCAGUAUAAGACAGAAAAAAAGGUAUUAUUAGUUAAUCAAUUUCAAAAAAUAGCUCUUAAAAUAAUAGUUAAAUCUAAAAAUAUAAAGGUAUAAUUAUUAAAUUAAUAAAUAUAUAGAUACAUGUGAUUAAAGUAGAAGUAAGAGUUCAAGAAGAGCAAAUAUAGGUACAAAAUAAACUCAAAUUGAAUCUCAGAUAAAAUUAACUAGUUGA